CGUAGAAUCAACAUGACCCCUCUCUCUUAUCAUCAUUAUUAUUAUGAUUUAAAGCGGCCCGGGAGGAGCCAGCAGGGCGGUUCGUCGUCCUCCCCCCCCCCGGCGACGUGGUUCUUCCCGUCCCCCGCCCCGAGCACAGUGGUGCGGCCGAGCCCGGUCACGUGCCCUUUCCUUUCCGCUGCGUGCGCUCGUGGAGUGACUGUCAUGGCAGCCCUACUGCGUUCGGUCCGCUGGUUCGGCGCCGCCUGGCCCCUCGUCCGGCCUGCGCCGCGCCUCCCCGCCAGCAGGCAUCUGAUCUACCAAGCAAGGUUCUUCACAGUUGCACAUCAGCAGGAGGGGAAGUUUCAAGAAGGAAUAUUUUCAGAUGAGUUCCAACAACGUUUUAACCCUGGCUUUGAAAAACUGAAUACGGCUAUCAGUCUUACUGGCCAAAUCAGAAGAGGACUUCUACUAUGGGUCUUCCACGAUACAUGUAGAAAAGGAUUGGCAAAUAAGAACCUUAUCUUGCUUCUGCUGCAAAGCUGUGGCUCUUUGUUGCCUGAGUUGCAGGCGCCUGAAAGAACAGAACUAGCCCAUAGGAUGUGGGAAGGUCUACAAAGACUGGGUACCAAGUAUGAUGUAGAUCAUUAUAAUGCUCUGCUGCAAGUCUAUCUUCAGAACAAAUAUAUAUUUUCUCCAGCUGAUUUUUUGACCAGAAUGGAGAGGGCUAAUGUGCAACCCAGUCAGGUAACAUAUGAAAGAUUGAUUGCUGCCUAUUGCAAUGAAGGUGAUAUUGAAGGUGCCAGCAAGAUCCUUGAGUUUAUGAAGAAGAAAGAAUUCCCAAUCACUGAGGAAGUAUUCAGUAGUCUUGUGACAGGCCAUGCAAGAGCCGGGGAUAUGGAGAAGGCAGAAAAUAUCCUUUCAGUCUUAAGAGAUGCAGGAGCUGAGCCUAGUCCAAAUAUCUACUUAGCAUUACUGAAUGCAUAUGCUGAGAAGGGUGACAUUAUCAAUAUCGAAAAGCUCCUGAAACAGUUUGAGAAGGUAGACCGCUGUCCUGUGGGCAAGCACGUGUUGCAGGUUAUCUUAAGCCUUGCUAGGACUGGAUAUUCCCAGUAUAUCCAAAAUAUUAUAAAGCAUUUGGACACUAGAUGCUUUCCAGAUGUCAUGAACCUUUGUCUGAACUUGGUAACUCAAGACUUGGAAGAUGUAGCUUUCCAGAUUUUGAAAUCAUGUCCUAAAUUAUCAUCUGGAAAUGAAGGACAUUAUGACAGCUUCUUAAAACAUUGUGUAGUUCUGAAUAAGCCCGCGAGCAAGCUGAAACAGUUUUGUGCUGAGUUAAAAGAAGCCAAUAUGCAUUCAUUUCCUUUUGAGAGUACACUGAAGAGUGCUUUGAAGAACAAGAAACCAGGUAUGGCAAUUGAUCUAAUGAAAACCAUGAAAGAAGAUGGCUUGCCCCUCAGAUGUCACUAUUUCUGGCCACUGCUUGUUACGUACCAGGAAAAGAAGGAUGUUAAAGGUACUGUUGAAGUCCUCAAAGUAAUGUAUGAGUUGGGAAUUAAACCUACUCUGCAUACCUAUACAAACUAUGUUUUGACACAUACUGAUGUUCAGACUCUCUCUGCCCUGCUACAGGAAGCUGGCUGUACACCUAAUAACAACUUGCUCCCUGUAGCAGAAUUAGUACAUGAACUACAAUUUGGAAAACUGGAAAAUGUUUUAGCAUUAUUGUCUUCACCAAAUAUGCUGCCUGUGAAGAUCUCAAGUAUACAACAGGCUUUCUUCAUUGCUUUUAAGCAGUUCACUGAUGUAAAUCUUUGGAGCAAGAUAACAGAAGUGUUGUACAAGGAUGGACGUUUUUGGCCGACGCCUCCAGGACCAAGUGAAGCUGUUGGCUAUUUUCUUUAUAACUUGAUUGGCAGCAUGAGUGACUCAGAGAUACAGGCCAAGGAGGAGUGUUUGAGACAAUACUUCCAUCAGCUGAAGAAGAUGAAUAUACUAAUCCCUCCAAUGAUCUGCAGAGGCAUUCACAAACUGCUGGACUCCUAUAAUGUUCCUGAAUUAAUUAAGGAUGUACAACUAGAAGAUAAUAGGUUACAAUACAUUCCAAAUAAAGCUAAUCAUGAAGUAUCUGCUUUGGAAAAGAAUCUGGAAGAGCUAGAAGCUAAAAAUCAACCCAUUAAAAAUGUCCUAAAACAGCUCAUACUUGCUCUCUGUGUAGAACAGAAUAUGCAAAAAGCCCUUGAAGUGAAAUCCAAAUACAAACCAGACAUGGUUGUCGAUGGCUAUGCAGCCUUAAUAUAUUUGUGCUGUCUACAGGAUAAUGCAGAAGAUGCAAUGAACCUGAAAGAAGAACUCUCCCAUAUAGAUUCAUCUUUUACGUUUCCCACAAAAACAUACCUAGCCUUGAUACAAGUCUUAGGAAAGAGUGGUAGAGUAAAAGAUGUUAUUAACAUUCUAAAGGAGAUGAAAAAGAAGGAUGUUCCUAUCAGCAGUGUCUCAGCUCAAGUCUUUGCCCGCAUGCUUAGUAGUAUGGCCUUGAGAGGUGAAGUUGAAACAGUGAAUCAAUUAUUUGAGAUGAUUAUGAACCUGGGAUUAGCAGAGCCUUCUCAAAAUCUGUUCAACUCUGUGGUUCUUGCUCACCUUGAAAAAGGUGACAUGCGAGGAGCUCUAGACACUACAAUUCACUUGUAUCGGAAGUAUAACUUUACCACUGGACCCCAUAAAUUGUUCUGUAAAUUGAUAAAGGAAGAAAAUACAGAUAUCCUACAGGAAGGUAUAGAUUUCAUCAGCAAAGAACAAGGUGAAAUAUGUGUGCUCCAUGAUCUCCUCUUUGCCUUCCUGGAACUAGGAAAAUACGACGAGGCCAAGAAGAUCAUUGAGACCCCAGGCUUGAGAGCUCACAAUAAAAAACUGGACUGGUUUAUGCAGAGAUGCAUCUCAAAAAGUCAGGUAACAACUAUGGAAAAUCUUGUGGAAAUUACUCAAGGCCUUGUUAAAUGUGAUAGAGAUGAGAUGUACUACAACCUCCUAAAAUUGUACAGGAAUAGUAAUGAUUGGCAAAAAGCUAGUGCAGUUUGGACUAAACUAAAGGAAGAAUCACCUGCUGAGCUUCGUGAGAGAACAUUAAAAUUAUUGGCUGAUAUGCUUCAGACAAAUGGUCAAGAGGUAUUCUUUUAUUUACCUAAGCAGCAUGACAGCAUAGAUCAACCUCCAAAAUCAGAGCCUCGGUUUGAGGAUAGUAUUACAAUGCUCUGCCACAGUGGUAAUGCCAAAGAGGCAUACGAUAUUUUCCGGGAAGCAGUUAAGAAGGAUAUGAAAUUUAAAUCCUCCACUUAUUUUACACUUAUAAAGGCAUUGCUGUCUCUGGGUUACGUUGGAGAGACCGUAAUCGUGAAAACCUUCGCUGAGUCCCACAUCAAGAGCUUCAGACUGAACGUUACUGCCAGCAGCGACCUCAUCAGAGCGCAAGUUAGGCGGGAUUAUUUGAAAGAUGCUAUAGACACUCUAAAAUCAGCCCUUGAAAAUAAUGUAUUUCCUGACCAAAGAAGUAUUAAUAUGCUUGUUCAGGCCCUGGGUAGGAAAGGAAAUGUGAUGGGCAUACAUACAGUUGAGAAGAUGAUGAAAACCCUGGCAGGGUCAGUUGAUUUACAUCCCAUGCUUUUCGUCAGCAACACUUCAAUAGCUCACAUCAUGAACAAUAACGUUGAUGUUGCGGUGGAACAUCUUGAGUCUCUGUUUACCGCAGGACUGCAAAAUGCUGAUUCACUAUCAACCAUAAAUAUAAGUCUUGUAUUUAGAAGUGUGAUGAAAGAAAAAGGACAGCCAGCUUUGGACAAAUUAAGUGCUAUGGCAGACCGGUUGGCCAAUCAGUUUGGAGCCUAUGGACCUGUCACAGAUCUCUUCCUGGAGUAUUUAAGAGCAAAAAGAAUGGAUGAUGCCAAGUUUCUACUAGAGAGGUAUGGUGCAAUAGCUGAACAAAAGGAAAGACUGAUGGCUUUCGUUGCUAAUAAGGCAACCGAGGCGGAGACCAUCAGAAUGCUUCUAGAUAUGGUUCCUGACAGCCUGGAAAUGAACACUGUAUAUUCCUCACUCCUGGAAAAUUAUGCAAAGCAUGGAGAUGUCAGUUCUGCAAAAGCUGUGUAUGAGAAAUUGAAAGCUGAGGACAUGGACCUAGAUGAGAUAACUCUUAAACAAUUCACAAUUCUGCUGAAGAAAGCAGGACAACCUGUCCCUUUUACUGAACUCCCGGAAUACUCUACUGCAGAACUGAAAAAUGAAACAUCAGCUAAAACAGAAUAGUUGUAUCAUUUGAAAUUAUGGAAGAUUGUAUAAAAAAUGUAUUUACUGUUGUUGGAAAAAUUAAAUAAAACUGAAUGUGUGAGGUCA